CAAUUUCCAUUAAUAUAAAUACUUUGCAAUUUCCCUUUAUUUUCAAUUCCAUUUACCUAUUCUCAUUCCUACUUCUAUUUGUGAACUCACUCUCAUAACCAUAAUCACAAUCACAAUCACAAUCACAAUCACAAUUGCAAUCCAAUCGUAAUCGCAAUCGUACUUAUAAUCCCAUCCACUCUUCUCCUACUUUACCUCUCUCCAAUUCUAUUCUUAUACCAAAAAUGUCCUACUCAACUGAACCAGAAAGAGUUAACAGAUUCCUAAGAGACACUCAGUCUCAAAACUCAAACAUACAAAAUGACUACCUCUACUACUACUUGAUGAAAAACAAUAACACCUCAACCACCACCUCCAACAAUCCAUACGAAUCAAACAGAUCAAGAGAACCAAGUCCUAUUUUGUCAAAUACAAGAAAAGCUGCCUUUUAUUUUUAAUCAAUAACAAUCUCAGAUUAAUAUUUAUUUAUUUAUUUAUUCAUUCAUUUAUUCACCAU